UGUUCUCCAGCCCGUAACCUCAGCAUCGAGUCCUCCUUGCCUCCAGUCGCGUUGUGUAACUCGAUCAGCCGAAUUCGGAGGAUCGACGGGGAUCGCAAUUAAUGCGUUCGAUUCAACGGGUGUCUACUCGCGUAUGAGGAUCACGUCUCGUUGAACGAGACGGACGUUUGCGUUACGACGAUCCUGUUGGGUACGAGGCAACCACCUGACAAGUCAUGGUGGGGGACCCAGAGGAUCCCGUAUCCCCGUUCCGCGCGUGGAUCCGACCGAUCCCGUCCCAUGCCCUGCGUCUACGUCGGCGACGUUCCCAUCCCCCUAGCUUCUGGUAUAAAAGCAAUCGCUGCUUCGACGAUAGCAGCAUCGCGCAAAAAGUUCGCCAGCCAGGUAGACCUUGGGUUAGGUAGUGCUUGGAUACCUCGUCGAUCACCGCUUACGGGAACACCCAGUGGAAACAGUGUCCUGAAACAGAAAUCUCUAACCGGAGGAUCAGUUUUUUCAAGUUGCACCUCAUCCUGAUCGAACACGUCCUUGGGUCUUCGGGGAUGACGCAGUGGAUGAGCCUCGUCCUCCUGGUCGUCGCGGCGAUCAUCGCCGUGGCGGAGUCCAGGGCUAUACCCGCGGAACCAAUUUCAGUGAUGCUGGACCCCUACGGCAACCCUAUAGUCUUCUUGCGUGAAAAGAGGACAGCCGUGCACCCCUAUCCCAAUAGGGCGAUGAUGUUCACCGGCUACUACAGACCAGUGCGACGCUCGAACGGUGGUCAAGCAACGGGCGUCUUCGCCCAAGGCAACGCCGUGAGCGGAGAGGCGGCCUUCUUCGGUGGCAUGCAGACGCCACACUUGAGGAACGGUCCAGAACCAAUCGAGGAGCAGGAGGUCUCCAGCGCGGAAGCUCAAGCAGCUCCAGGCUCAGAAGACUCUUACACCUACAACCAACAGACUCCUGUGCAAGAAGAAGGCGGCUAUCAGCCGGAAGAACCUCGUCCUCAGGAAGGGAACUAUCCUCAGGAGGAAGCCCAGUAUCCCCAAGAGGAACCACAACAUGGGGAAGAGGAUCAAAACCAUCACAAGGGCAGCUUGCCUCCUCAGGGUCAACCAGAGCCAGAGCCAGUCCCAGUGUACACCACCGAAGCGACUGUCGUGACUCCAGCUGAGGAGCCCGCGUACUCUACCCCAGGGACAUCUGCGAAUCGUCCGAAAGUGAAUCGUGGAAAGAAGCCCAAGAAGCCCCCAGUCGUGGUCGAGGACGACGAUGACGACGACGACGACGACGACGAGGACGAAGAAGACGAUGACGAGCCCACCGUUCCCUUUGUGCCUUUCAAAGGAAACCGUCGCCGUCAGAAGUAUCCUAACUUAAACAACUACUUCCCAAUGGUGUUCAGCUUCCCUGGAGUGUCCACGCGAGCUGGAUCGUCGGGUUCCUUCCCUGGUGCUGUCACUGCGAUCGCCAACAGCUACUCCACUAGCAAAAGAGGUGUUGCCAGUUCUGUGGCGACCGCUUACGGGGGAGCUCCCAAUGGGAAAAAACGACGCCCACAAACGUCUGAGGAAUAAUCGAGGAGGCAUCUGAUGCAGACUGAUCGAAGGACACCACAAACGCCACGUCAUCGAUGCUGAAUCCAAGAAGAAACAGGAGGAGGAACAAACCUUCGCGUUCCUA